AUGGGUUGGAAGAAACUCUUUCGAAAGCUAACAUGUCGCAACGAAAAGCACCGAGAAGAUGCCUACGACGAGAGGUUUGCCAUGGAUAAUGAUUUGCUGGAAACGCAAGGGGCCGGAGACGAGACGCAAACAUCGACAGGCUGGACGGGAAAGAACACGAAACGCGACAGAUCUGCCAGCGAGAAAAAUUCAAUGGGCAUUCGGGAGCGAUACUAUGCAGAACUGGAUGCAAUGGAGAUACGGCAGCUCUAUUCGAUACGAGAAGUCACAGAUAAAUAUGUGGACAUUCCGGCUUCGUUUAGCAGCAGGCCAAAAUGGUGGAAUUGCGCCAUGAAGUUUGUGAUUGGUGUAUGGAUCACCUUUAUAACGGCGGACGGCUUUUUCCAAACACAACCCAGGGCGUUCUAUCUAGCAACCUUUGAUCAUUGGGCCAAUAUAGCGACGGUGCUGUAUAUGUGGUCUUCCAUUAUUGGUCAUGUCCUGCGACCUGCCACUGCCCAGUUGAACUUUCCCAGUGUCCAUUAUUUCCCUAACGGAUGGCACAAGGCUUCUUGGACGUUGUUUUCCAUUGCGGCUCCGGCUCAGCUUUUUGCUUCCCUCGCGUUUUGGAUAUUUGAGUACCAGGGGGGAGACUUGGAGGGAAGUCUCAUCAGUUUUGGAAGUGUCUUUCUCUUGCUCAUUUCGGAGGGACUCUGCCUGAACCAGAUCCCAAUUCGCAUCAACCACCAAUGGUUCUUUCUUGGAGUUAUAUACAUGUUCCUUCUUUGGAGCUUGAUCCAUUCUUACCUGGAAAUUGGAAACCCCUACAAAAGCAGCAAUGAUGACUCCUUGUAUGCCUUUCUGAAUUGGAAUCGAGCACCCAUCUUGACAGCAUUCUACUCCAUGAUCUGCCUUCUGAUAGCUGCUCCCUUGGUGUAUGCCUCGAUUUGGUUGCUGUCGCUCUUCUCCUUACCGUUCCGAUUUCAGGGAAAAUCCCGACGAUAUCUGACCAACGAACAAACAAAGCAAAUGGAUGACUAUGAAGUAUGGGCAGACUAA